AUGUAUGGGUCUGUUAACCGACAACAGUAUACUCACACUCACACUUCCUUAUGGAAGGACAGGCAUAUCAUGUCGUGGUUGGAGCGCAACGUACGGACAGUUAUGGAUAGAGUGGCCAAUAGAGACCCGUUUGUCACCGUUUGCGCCGAGAGGCGCAAGAAAUACCUGAGCGGCGGAACCCCGAGGAAUGUCUUGAGACACGUCAUACUGUCGAGCAUUAAGGAGGCGACGCUCGCCCUCCCGAACGACUUAGCGAAAGACACGAUCUUCGGCUUCGAUCCGCUGCCACCGACCGACUCAAUCAUAUCCUAUACCCGACCGCCCAAACCGGCCGCCGAUCCGCAAACACAGGCCAACGCCGACCAGAAUAUACUGAGCGUAUUCUUGAGGUCAUGGCUGCCGGACUUCAACGCCGAUGACCUGAUCGCCGGCGCCGGUGGUGUCGCUGGUGUUGUGGCCCGUAAUCGGGCGGCAAUCGACAUGUUCUCAAUGGCCCGAAAGAACGCGCCGUGUAUUCUGUUCAUCGACGAGAUCGACGCCGUCGGUCGCAAACGCGGCGGCCGUUCGUUCGGCGGUCACUCCGAACAGGAAAACACAUUGAAU